AUGGACGAGACAAUUUUUUGUAAAGACUUCAAAGUCAUCGAGAAAAUAGGAGAAGGCUCUUUUAGCACCGUAUUCCUCGCAGAAGACAGAGAUGCGUGCAGGAAACUGGCUAUUAAAAAAGUCACUCGAACAACUUCCCCGACAAGAAUCGCAAAUGAGCUGAAAUUUCUUAUGUCUGUGCAGGGAAUGAAAAACAUCAUCGAAAUAGUGGAGAUAGUGCGAGAAGAUGCAGAUGUUUUUAUCGUUUUUCCGUACGUAAAAAUGAACGAGUUUAAGGAGAUCGUGGAAAGAGCCACGCUAUCGGACAUAAAGCACUACAUGUACGGCCUGCUCACAGCCCUGCAGGGUGUCCACUCCCAGGGCAUCAUACACCGAGAUAUCAAGCCAAGCAACUUUCUGUACAACUUGGAAACAAAAGCAGGAUACUUGAUAGACUUUGGGCUAUCGCAAAAGCUCGAAGAGAAAACAGAGGAAGAGGUAAAAGAAAAAAGAAGAAGAUUCUUUUUCAGCUCGCACUCAGCGAGUAGAAGCAGCAAGCCCAUUGCCUCCAGAGCACCCGGGUACUUGAUCAGAGACUCGCGGCCAUCUAUGUCAGCUUCUAGAUCAGGCACACGGGGGUUCAAGGCUCCUGAGGUUCUCUUUCGCGUUGAGUCACAGACCACUGCAAUUGACAUAUGGAGUGCUGGCGUUAUCCUUCUUUCUCUCCUCUGCAGAAAGUAUCCUUUUUUUACGUCCAAAGAUGACAUUAACACAAUGGUGGAGCUGGGCACUCUUUUUGGAGAUGACGAAAUGAGAAAAGCUGCCAAGCACUACAAAAGAGUGUGGAAGAGCAACAUAGAGGCAUGCAUGCAUCCCAAAGUGCCAUUCGAAAAGGUAGUAGAGAUAGCAAAUCCAGGGAAGCACCAGCUCCCUAGCUCUGUAUUUGAUCUGCUGGAAAAGAUGCUUCUGUUGAAGGCAUCCGAGAGGAUCAGUGCAGACGAAGCACUGCGCCACAGGUUCUUUAGUGAUUAG